AUGUACCUAGGUAAUAAUACAUGUGACCCUAUCAAGGACAAUCAACCUGUUGCUUGUCGACAAUCUCAUCCUCUAUCCAGUCUAUCAAUAUCAAUUCAUCCAUCUAACACGAGAAUUUAUGCGGACAUGCCUUGUCCCAUUCCUUGCUGUGUUGUCCCUCAAACAAAGAAGACAGCACCAGAAAAAUAUUUCAACUGGGAUCCCAUUAUUGACCCCAAGGGGAAUCCCAAUGGUCAAGAACAGGGAUUAGGCAAUCACCCACAUCUUAAUCCAUGCAGCAAACAACGGCCAAUAUCCAUCAACCAGUCACCCAUUGACAUGCCACUGUUCCAUCAUGCAUGA